AUGCCACCUCCCGGUUCAACAGCACCUCCACCUCCAAGCCUAGCAGCGCCUCACACUGCUGCACCCCUUCCCUCCUCCUCCUCCUCCCAUUCCCAAACUCCCAAGCCACCACCGCCACGUCCCUACCCUUGGACGGCCCCAAUUUCCACCCCAUACCCCUAUCGCCGCCUCGAAUCGGCGAAAUGCAACCUCACGCCGGCCGAAGACUGGGAGAUCCUCCAAGCUCCUCCCCACGUGCGGUUCCAGAUCCCCGGCGAAUAUGAGGCACCGCUGUUCUGCGAGAGGGAUUUUCCGCUCCUGCCGCGGCGGCCGGUCGACUCACGCCUUCCUAUGGGAUCAUCAGAUCCGGUAUCAUUUACAUGUAAUUGCUCGGCAUCAAAUGCCAAUGAUGGCCUCGUACUUCUUUUCUACCGCUAUUUCGCCGCCUUCCCUCCUUUGCCCGCGUCGUCCCAUGGUCUCGCGGGAGAUCCGUCCCAUCUAGCCUCCUUCCAUACAAGCAGUACGCAAAUGCUCAACUUGGGAGGCAAGAUACGCAUUGCGAAAGAAGGCUUCAACAUCACUGUUGGGGGCACAAAAGCAGCAAUUGAGGAGUACAUGUACAAAUGUCAAAGUCACUGGUCAUUCUCAGGACUUGAUCUUUCUACCCCCGAAAAGCAACAAGCAUACUUCAAACCGACCUCGGGAGGCUGCGCCUGCGUAUUUGGUGGCUCUCCAGCCAGCGUGCGGGUUACCUCUGAGAUUACCCCAAUGGGCGUGACGAACUAUCUUCCAGCCAAAUGGGAUGAGGUUAUAAGUUUGAGCCCAGAGGAGUUCCAUGAGAGGUGCCAUAAUGACCCAGAUAUUUUGCUUCUGGAUGUUCGCAAUCAUUACGAAUCCCGAAUAGGAUACUUCGUCGACCCCAAGACCGGAGAACCUGCACUGAGACCACCUAUAAGGCGGUUCUCGCAGUGGCCGCAGUAUGUUAAGAAGCAGAUGAGAGGAUCGGACAAUGGUCGAGGCCUCGGAAAGAGGCACAUCAUGACCUAUUGCACCGGAGGAAUCAGGUGCGAGAAAGGAGCCCGGUUUUUGCAGGAAAACAUGGAAAAGAGGGAUGGCGACAAAGUGUGUACUUUGGAAGGAGGAAUUGCUGCUUAUUUGACAUGGGUGGAACAGGAAAUUUCUGAGGGAAGAAAAACCCCGGAGGACUCCCUAUUUCGAGGCAGGAAUUACGUGUUUGAUUCGAGAGGCUCGACUGGGCUGGAUUCAGGUGUGGCGAUGACACCAGUAUCAAGCUGUCACGGUUGUGGAAGUGCUUCUGACAGGCUGAGCAAGUGUCGCUCGGUGAGAUGCCACCUGGUGCUCGUAGUUUGCGACGAUUGCGAAUCAGGUGACCCACGAUGUUGCCCAAGCUGUCACGAAUACGAAAAGCAAUAUCUUAGCGACGAGGUUGUCGACAAGAACGCACCAAAACUGAUGUGUGAUUGUGAAAAGGAAAGAGAGGCUAUGCUUUGGGGGACAGAGAACGAACGCGUACCACGAAGACAAGGCUGGAAGAAGGCAAUGAAAGCUGGACGAGAUGCUAGUGGUAUCAAUAUUCAGAUCAAGACAUUUGAUUGA